UUUUUUUUUUUACUAAACUAAUUCAGCUUAAUGAUGUUGUCUUGUCCGCGAGCUCCUUAACUUUUGGCACGGGGAGCUCCCAGCGUCGUUACGUCAUUUUACUGAUGAUUGCUUAUUGGUUCGGGAACAUGUCAAUCAAAAGUUUGUCCCACUGUUGUAACCAGUGGCAACCAAACAAUUCAACCGCAGGCGCUAAUAGUGUGGAUUACUGGAUAUGGUUCAUAAUACCGAACACCCUGACGGCAUCUUCCCCCUGGUCCUGACAUCAGUGACCCAGGAGCUUUUCGGUUGCCGGACAGAUGAGGAUGUCACAAAAGAGAACCCUUACAAGCUGCUGAAAAAAGACGACAUCAUACAGGACAUUAAGACAAGAGCUGCAGUCUCCGAUUUCAGCCCUGUAAAGCAGAUUGUGCUGAACUACCCUGAGGAUGAGCUCCUGCUGGUUUAUGACAGGGAUUUCACCUACGGCCAGAGCUUCUAUCUGGUUCUCACACCUGAGGCCAAGAACGAAAUACUCGCUCCUCCAAAGCCUGAGACACCAGAAGUGCCUGCAGUUGAAAUCAUUAAAACCCCAGAACCAAAGCCAUGGAUUUCUCUUGGCAGUGAACAAGAGAUAGAGGAAGAAUCUGUCAGAGAGACAAGAAAAAAGUUGCGGUACAAAUGUUUCAGAGUGCAGAGGAAGGUUGAUGCACCCCUGUGUUUUUCUGACCGCAAUACAGCAGAUGCUGAAGAUGGCUACCUGGAGUGUCCUUCGUAUCUAGACAGCAGAUUCAGCAUCAAACAGAUGCAGAGGGACUGCGGGGUGCAGGCUGUUCCUGUGCUUCAGAGCAGCAGUGCUCAGACACAGUGGAAGCAUCAGAGAAAUAUUUUUACAGUGUACAAGCCAAGAGACUUACAGGAAGAUGAAAUUGAAAACAUCCUCCGUUCCGAGGGCCUGAAAGAUUUUUUAAACUUGGUGACACCGAGGGUUUUGCAUGCUCUCCAGCAGGAAGAAAUUAUGAAUGUGUUCUUUGAUGACUGGAAAGCUCUGGGUACAGGAGCUGAAGAGAGCAACUGGUCUGAAAGAGAAUCUGAAGUCUUGAUGCUUUAUCAGGCCUUCACAGACCAGAAGUACUCUAAGGACAAGAAAAUCAGCUGCAUUAACUGGCAUCCUACUAUCUAUGGUGCAUUGGCUGUUGCCCUGUCCAAAAAAGCAGAGAAGCAGUCUACUACACAUGAUGUCAGGCCAUCUCCCAUUCUCUUCUAUAACUUCUCAGACCCUUCUACCCCUCAGUUGCUACUGGAGUGCCCAGAUGACAUUCUUGCCUUUGAGUUCUCCCCCUCUGAUCCAAAUGUUAUCGUUGGAGGCAGUGUGAAAGGCCAGGUUGUUUUGUGGGACAUUUCUGCUCACGUCACAUAUCUGCAAGGAUCACAGCCUGGUAGUAGGAAUGUGCCUGUCAACUCUAACCCUAUUGACCUUCUUGACAGCAAAGAGAAUAAGACUCCUGUUGUGCACUUCUGUGCUGUGUCUGCCUUAGAGGGCGGCUACAAAGCACCAAUUACUGAUGUCCACUGGCUGCCACAAACAUUCGAGGUGACCAGGAUGGGAUUACCAGUGGAAAACCAGCAUAACGCUGCUUUUCAGUUUAUCACCUGCGCUCCUGACAGUUCUUUAUGGUUCUGGGACAUUCGACCGCCAAGGCUGUUGAGCUACACAGCCUCAGAUGUAAAGCAGAAUGCAGAUCAGAUGCCACAGAUGCCACUCUACGCUGUGCCUGAAACUUUCAAACACCUGGACCAGACAUGGAAACCAUUGUUCAAGGUUUCACUGCCAAAGAUCGAUACCAGUGGAGAAUAUGUACCUUUGAAGUUCAGCCUGGAACACUACACCUGUAAGAGUAUGACAGGGAGGACCACAGAUGAAGCUCAUGAGGAUGAUGAUAGUUCAAAGGUCAUUCCAGACUACAGCAAACUCAGAUUGCCUUCGGCUAAAACACUCACACCACUGGAAGAUGUCAAUACAAAGCUCUAUGUUGGAACAGAGCACGGAGAGAUAGUUUACACAGACUGGAAACUAGAGAAGGAUGAUUCUGGCCGCCUGCAGAGUGCCAAGCCUCUCCAUUGUUUAAGGAUCCAUCAUUCAAUGGUGAAAACAGUGCAACGAUCACCCUUCUUCAAAGAUAUUAUUUUGACUACAGGGAGCUGGAACUUCGCCAUCUGGAAAGAGGGAGUCAUGAAUAAUCCCAUCAUCCAAUCAAACCACUCUGAGCAGCCAUGCACUGCGGCAUGCUGGUCCCUAUCUCGGCCGGCAGUUUUCUUCAUUGGCAAAGAGGAUGGGAGUAUUGAAGUGUGGAACCUGCUACAGAAGACCAAUGAGCCUGCAAAGGUCAAUGCACAUGUCACCAAUGGCAAGAUUACCUGCAUCAAACCCUGGAUCGCCUCCUCCAAGCAGCACUUCCUAUCUGUAUGUGAUGACCUUGGAAUGGUUCGUGUUUUUGAAAUCUCAAGGUCUCUCUACAAUCCCACCAAAAAUGAGAGUUUGAGUAUGAGGAAAUACUUUGAGCUGGAACAAGACAGUAUGAAGGAGAGAAAAGACAUGCAGCCCACACCGAAGAAGGGAAACGAAGAGUCAAAGAAGAAAACGGAGCUUGACAAGCCAGUGAAAACUGUGGAGGAGAAUGAAGGAGCGAACAUGAAGGAGUACAAUGAUGACCUGAUGUUGGAGGAGAGCAUCCUGAAAAGCAUGGGCCUGCUGCCAGCCACCACUGAGACAUAAGAUACCUGAUAUAAUGCAAACUUUCACACUCACGCAGCUGUAUUUUAUGCAAAAGAAAAGGCAUAUGCAUUUAUUUUUGAUGUUCUUAUAAAUGACUUGCAUAUAGGUGUUUUAAUAUAAAUAAACAUAUAUUAUAUAAAACUUAUUUUGCAUGUCAAGAUUUUUUUCUUCAUUUACAAAAUAAAUCUUAAGUAUAUAAAGUUAGCAGUUAACACAGUUGUGUUAACUCUAAAAUAGAACUUAACUGUAAAGACAGUGUGCAGGACCUUGACAAUGGCUUCUUACUCCACCAUAAAGAUUUACUCAGGAGUCACUCCUCGGGUUAGGACUUCAGGGUCACCAAUGGAUUUUUAUCCACCCAUCUAAGAUCCAAUUACUGGGCAAUGGCAUCCAUUAGUGCCCUCUUCACCACUGCUCCCAUAGGAUUCACUUUGAAAUACUUCAAGGAUCUGACCUUGGUAGGAAGUCAUUUCAUGGCUCUUUAAUUUCAUGAUAUUUAUCUGUUGUUGGUGAAACAUUUUGCACCGUAUUAAUGACUCAGUUCGUUCCGCUUUUGAUAAACAACGUUUAUUUGGAGAGGAUUUAAAGUCACAGACCGUUCUUGUGUUUAAUAGGCCUGAUUUGCAUC